GGUCAAGAAUAAGUCCAUUGAAGAUACUAGGCGGUCCGUAAUAAAGUGCCUCAUUGGUGGGCGGGAGUUCAAGGAAAUGUUGAAGCUGUUUGGAGUCUAGAAAUAGGGUUAUUAGCUUUUUGAAUCUGGUAAACGUAUCACAGUUACGGAUAGGCAUUGGCAGCCUGUUCCACAAUAAACUGUACCGUACUGUAAAGAACUUACAACGCAUUUGUUUUUGGUGUUUUACGGCAAACAUCUGCAUCUCCAAAAGUUACUCUUCAUAUAUGUCACACCAAAACUCAGUCUCACAUGGUGACGACAGUUUUAUAACUGAUGAUGUACAGCAAAAUGUCUCACUACGACUUUAUCCAUAUGGAAACAAAUUGAAACGAGUCAACCAACACGAGGGUCAGAAUUUUCAAUACAAAUAUGAAGACGGUUCUACUGUAUGGAGCGGAAACCUGGAGAACUACGAAAGCCAUUAUCCAAAACCUACAAGUGUUUAUUAACAGUCGUCUAUGCAAAAUACUACGGAUUCGUUGGUCAGAAACCAUCAACAACAACCCACUGUGGGACAGAACAAACCAGAUCCCAGUGGAGGAAGAAGUCAGGAAGAAGCUCUGGGAGUGGAUAGGACACACAUUGAGAAAAGCACCCAAGGCAAGCCAUCAUCACUUGGAAUUCUCAAGGCCGAAGAACACAUUACUUCGCGAAAUGGAGACAGACAUGAGAAAGAUGAACCGGAAUUGGAUGGAACUAGAAAAAAAGGACUAGGCUAGAGUCGGUUAGAGAAUGCUGGUCGGCGGUCUAUGCUCCAUUGGGAGUAACGGGCUUAAGUAAAGUAAGCAAGUAAGUAACGUUUACGUUCAGCAUUUACAUUAUUUCAUUAUCUUCGUAAAAUGUCUCACAAUGUCUCAAAACGCCAAUGCAAUUAUGCUUUUCCUUCCACAUUCGAAUCGUUAUUGUUUAUAAUAUCACAUGCUCUACACUAAAUGACUAUAUAUUUAAUAUGUCAACGUCAAGCUUUUCAGUAGUUUCACUUCAGAAGUCCUAAAUAAAAACUAACAGUUUGUGAAUAAGUGGAAUAAGUGGAGGAUUGUUCAAACAGAGCGGGAUAAGUAUGUUAGUCGUUCUACUUUGUAAUAACCGAGCACUAAUGAACUCUACUGUCAUGUUCGGUGAGUGUGUGGAAUUGUGGUCUACUUCGUUAUUACCGCUUUAUAAAUAGAAUUAAUCCCAAAAUUGAAGAUUUGUCAUGAUGCAACUGCCUAAUCUAUAAGAUUUUACGUGGGAGUCACAUUAUUAUCUGUAUCAACUCAUUGCAUCCUAACAAUCAUCAAUAUAAUGAAGGACACACUUAGGCUAGAGAUAGAACAGUAUACUUAAUAUGAAUAAAAGAUAUAUAACAAAAUUAAACAAUGACCACACCUGCAAGGUCGAGCCAUGCCAUCCGAUCAAUUCGAAUAAAUUAAAUUCGAUCUUCACGCCUUUCCAUCGUUGGGUUUUUAUCCGUAUUAAAUGUUGAAUAUCUAUUUUCCCAGUUUUCUCCUGUUCAGCUUUGAGGAUUGUGUGGGAAGGACCCAACGUCACUACAAGUGCUUGUCUAUAUGAAUGUGUGCUUCUUGUCUUCUACUUUUUUAGCAUACCAGUGUUAUAUCCGGACAGCACAUGUGGGGCUAUGUAGAGAAUUUUAGAAAAGGCUUAUUUUCUAAUUGGAUUUUGCUGUAAUCCGCACUUUGUCACCAAUUCAUAUCCUUAUAUUAACCGACAGAUAUCCUAUACAUUACAUUCACUAUUUCAUCAACAAUAUGAAAGGCCACACUGUCUUUCCGAAGAUUGACCGAGAGUUAAAACUUAUUUCCUAGGUCACGUCUAAUAUACGAUAUUGUAAGGGCCACGAAAACGAAGUAGCAGAUGGUCUUUGAAGAACAUCAAUAAACGCGCUUAUUUUAAGUGUAAUCGAGUGUCACCGUCUGGCGAAUUUACAAGAGUCGGACAUUGAGUUAAACAAGCUUACAUCCGACAAAUUGAUUCCGUCAUUUUAAUUGCUAAACAUGGAUAGAAAAAUGUUGACGGCACGCGAUCCGCUAGAAGGUUAGGUAAGUGAGCGCUUUUGAUGAAUUUGACUGUUUUCAAUAUCUUAUAUUCUCAACGUCAUAUCUUAUAAUUUUCAUUCAUUAGAAUGACACUAAUAGUGCGCAUAACAAGCUACGAAAGUAAAGGUUUACUAGCAGUUACAUUUCAUUUAUUUCGCUGCUUUAAUUUUACCAGUUUUUUUUCUAUUAACUCUUUCACAUAUCUUAACAAAAAAGGUGAAAGAACGUUGGUAAUGUGAUGUUCCUUGAGAGCAGCGAAGAGCCUGAAGUUGUAAACGGUAAUAUUUUUCAGGAACUUGUUCAGCAUAUUGUUGAACUUACGUUUGCUCAGUAGUUCCACUUGUACUCCUUCGGCACGAUCUCGGUAUUCUUUCGAUACCACGAGAUAGCCAACAAAUAUAUCUCUCUACAACCUUCAAUCGCCUUCUGAUUACUGGUUUACUCGGAGGUUUAGCCUAUCCUGUUACGCAAUCUUCUCGUACUGGUGAUCAUAGUCAAACGUGACUCGACGCCACGCUACAACUGGUGAACCCAAAACUACGAACACUUUCCAGUCGCGGUCAAAUCUUCCAAAGCAGCCAAUUGAGAUAACUGCCAUUCUUAUCCAAAAAUGUUCUCAUCAAUAGAGGUCAUGAAUUCAAAUUAACGGUUAAUAAAUAUCAGCCCACCUCAUCGCAACUUACAAAAAUGUUGGAUAACAAUGAGUUCAUCUACCACAAUUACUGUUUAUCAAUGAUCAAAUAAUUUUAUCAAACUAGAUCUUUCUAAUGGUUACUUUGAAUCAUUGGACCAGAAACAAACAAACAUACACCUGAAAAAUCUAUAUAAACCUAACAAGUUCUGGUAAUAUUGUUUCACCAUUUUGAGCUAGAAAAUGAGGUGAGUGUUGACUGAACUAUAUGGAUUUUGGUCUGAUUCAACGAGAUAACAUUGUUUUCUUCAUAUCAACCAUUUUAGAUAUACUAAUCUAUCUGUUCUGUUGAUACCGGUUUAUUUGGUCGUCAUCAUGCUUUCCAAAUUCUUCGACUGUCAAGAUAUCUGCGAAAACCCUGGGUUAGCGACAUAUGAAAAUGUGACUUCAGAAAACGGUUCAUAUAAAUAUGUAAGUAUACAGUCGGAUUCUAAUGCACAUACACAGCCUCAUCAUUAUUAUUACUCACGAACAAUACGUCACAAUCAGACGUAUCCAGUUGCUAGUGACAGUUUUAAAAAAUUUAGUACCACUCAGAAUGUUAUACCGAAAUUUUCGUUUAAAUAUUACGGUAAUAACGUCACCAAAUUUCAGAUUUCUCGUGAUGGUAAGAUAAUUUUUUUUCACUUAAAAUUGUUAUUGAGUUUUGUUAAUCACAAUUCAUUCCAUGAAUCAAGUUUGCUAUAUAGUCUUCAGUGAAUCAGUUUUAUGCUUUUUCUGACAUUCAAAACUUGAUAGAUUCCUUUUCUUCUUGUUGAACUUUUCAAACUUUCGAUUUCUUACAGCAAACUAAUUACAGUUCAUGAAAUUCAUUUUUGUCUCCAGUUCAUUUCAAACUAUUUCAUUCAUCCAUUAUAGAAUUUCAAUUAAAUUGUAUGCUUUCAUCAAAUAAACACAGGUUAUAUAGAAAUAUUCGGACAAGGAAACCUCGGGAUUAUACACAAUACUAUUCCAGGCGUUUUUCAUCCUGAAUAUGAGAUUCUACAUAACAAUGAAUUACUGGCUGUUAAAUGGUAUCUUCGGACAUAUGUUGAUGAUACCUACGGAUCCUGAGGAAGAUGACAUGUACUCUAAGAUUCAUUGUGCAAUUCGGUGUGAAAAAAAGGUGGAAGAAGAAAUUGUGAGAGCACUUGAAAUAAUUGUUUCUAAAGAAUGGAUCAAAAGUGGCACAUCAGUGGAGUUUGAACCCAUCGAGAGAAAUUGUUCGGAGAACAAUUCCAUCAAUGAAUGUCUAAACGUGACAACAUCAAAUAUGAAAUGCUUUUGGAGUGAAAAAAUCAACAUGUGCAUUAAUAGCAAUGACAAGGAUAGUCAUAAAUCGAAUGAAACUAAUUACCGUGUUCAAAACGUGACAUCUGGGAUGACUGAACACAAUAACACACUUCAUUAUCUUUAUAUUGUGAUACCAAUAGUCGUGUCAUUUUGUGUUUUAUGCAUUGGAUGUAUUAUUUGGCGAUGGUUAUAUAAGAGAAAGAAAGAACAAGAUUUUUGA